AUGAUAGAGGGACCAGCAGGAAGGUGGAAGGCAGACCGAGAGCUGGAGAGAGAGAGAGGGUUUCAUUCUGUCUGUCUGUGGACCCCCGCCAUUGCCACUACAAAGCACCGGCCAUAGCCGCAGCUCCAACCUUGUUUCCCGAGUUUCCAAGUGGGAGCGUCCUCCUGUGGCGUCGUCGCAGAGCUCCGGAGAGUGGAGGAAUUAUUCUCUAGGUGUUCCGCAGGGUUGCUGUAGAGUCUCGCGGAAUGCGAGAUUCGAGAAAGAGGCUUUGGUGAGUGGAAGCGUUGGACAGUGGGCGUGGAUGCUGCGCAGUAGGGGUAGUAGUAGUAGUAGUAGUCAGGAAGGGCUUGCAAGUGGGAGGAAGCUUGUUUCUUAGCAGCUAAGUCACCGGACGUUGAGGGUGGUGCAGUCAGGUACAGAUAGGUGUGGUGCGGGUGCGGGUGCGUCGGAGAAGGUUGAGUCGAAAGGGGGCAGGUUGACGCGGAGCUGUGGACAGAGUUGGCGUUGGAGGCCGGGGCGUUGCGUUGCGUUGGCUUUGACCGAGUCGUGAAAGUGGCCGAGAAUCGUAGGACAAGCUGGAAGCCAGAUGGCCACGUGUUUUGGUGGAACAUGUGUGCAGCGUACAGCAUAGACAAUGAAGUUUAGUGGUGAAGGUUCUAGUGUCCUGACUGGAGCGCAGCUAAAGUACUCAAGCGACAAACCAAACAUGAACUUUGAGACCGUUUGCAAGGAUGCACACGCCGAAUCUUCACAACAUGAGGAGAGCAGCGAGAGUGGGACCACCUUAAAAGAGCACGACUAUUUUGGUCUCUCGGAGGUGUCCUCCUCGAAUAGUUCCGGUGACAAGCAGCCGGAAAAGGGUUGCAGCAGAGAAGAGCUGAACCUUAACGAGAGUGCCACUGCGUUGCAACUUGGACCUCCUGCUGGGCUGAAGCCGACCGGUCAGUCGGAUGUGGUUCUUGCUGAGGAAGAAGCUGCGGGUCCAGAGAACCCUGCGAAGAGGCCAGCAUAUCACCUGCAGCAAAAUUCAACGGUGGAUGUGAAGAAGCCGGUUGCAGAAGCCGUGUCUACUAAGAACCAACGAAAAAUCAUUGAGGAGUUCCGGGCCAAGAAGGCGGCUCAAGAUGCAAAGGCUAUGCAGUCCAUGCAGCAUAAUGUGCGUGCUUCGUAUCCUGGUGCGCAGAGCGUUUUUCCUGGGGCGAAGAACAAUGGGGUCAAGAGAGGCUUCUCGGAAGCGGUUGGGACGAAUUUCAAUGCAUCAUCCGGUGCGGGUGGGGCGGUUCGAGAAGGCAAUUGCGACAUGAAUCGUGGCGAGGGCGUGGGCGGAACUGAGCAGCCGGAAUCGAAGGUGAAUUUGCACCAAAGCAUGGGGAUGUCGCGGAUGGCUCCUGGAUCUGGCGGUCAGAAUGGAUCGGCAUGGCGCAACAUCAAUCUAGAGAAAAUGCAAGGUCCUCUCAGUACUAUCUUUCGCAAGUCCCUCAUGAGCAAGAUAACUCUCCAAGAUGCUGGUGAUUCGUCCAUCAAAUGUAGCAGCGAUGUCAUUAAUCGCAACAAGGCGAUUGCACCUGCCUCCAACGAGCAACCUCUUGCGCAGAAUCAGACAGUGGGUUGGCCACCCGUGAAGAAUUUCAACAAGAACAAUACCCCUGCCCCUCCUCCUUCGGCUCCCGCAACAGCCUGUCGAUCUGUGCCUAUGCCAAGGAGGGGCGCUUCGUCAUCCUCAAGCGGAAAUCUCGUGAAGAUCUAUAUGGACGGUGUUCCAUUCGGUCGCAAAGUGGAUUUGAAGACGAACAACAGUUACGAAAAGCUGUAUUAUACGCUGGAGGACAUGUUCCAGCAUUAUAUCAAUGUUCACGGUUGUGGUGGUCGGAGCUCGAGCUGUGGGGACAGUCACUCGCUGGCAUCUAGCAGGAAGCUCAACUUUUUGGAAGGGUCCGAGUAUGUGCUGAUUUACGAGGAUCACGAGGGAGAUUCCAUGCUCGUUGGCGAUGUGCCUUGGGACUGGUUCAUCGAUGCUGUGAAGAGACUCCGAAUCAUGAAAGGUUCUGAGCAGGUCAACUUAGCCCCCAAGAAUCCAGAUUCCAUGAAAGCCCAAGGUGCUGUGGGUUGAUGAGAAGCGGAUGCGUGUCGUAUGAGAGCUUGAAGGAUAUGACACGUGUGUAAUCGCCUCGUCGCUCGUUGCAGUCGAGCUAUCAGCACCCCAUAGAGCGUGAAACGUUAUAUUGGAUGCAUCAUUUUUCAUGAACCGGCACUCGCCAAAGAAGAAGGGCGAAGGAGACUUGCCGGUGACCGUUGUCAGGGUGGAGCCUUACAUAAUUAUGCUGCUGGGAAGCUGGCCUUUUUUCCUUACAUCACGAGUUUUGACUCAUGGUCGGUACAAGAAGGUGGUAGUAAGUAACAGGUGGAGAACGACAUUUUACGUUUAGAAUCUGGCUGCACAGAUAUCUCUUACAGUGCGGCACGUACUGUAUUUUGUUGUUUCUCAUUUUAUUGUCAUUUUUUUCAGCCUGGGCAGUGCGUUGCAUUGCUUCUUAAGCUAGCAGUCGACGUGGCUUCGUUAGUGCUGUAGUUUAGCAUUUUCGGUUUUGUAAUUAAGUCUUUGCUGCACUAUAGUUUGUUGUCUGGUUGACGCAAAAAACUGUGGCAGCUCGAGUCUCUUAGCAACCAACCUGAGGAAGCGUCUAAGUCUGUAGUUUUUGUGGCGUAAGAAGCAGACGGGGCGAGGGGUUGGUGGUGGGUGGUGGUAGGAUGGGCAUCCAGCGCAGCACUUGCCCAACCACAUGACGCGAGGACCAUGAUUGUACUGCGAGGGACCAUGAUAGCGGUGGGGUGCAGCUUGCCGGACAGGGCGAGAUAUGUGCUUGUAGGCAGAGAGCAGGGUGAGCACAUGGCCAUGAUAAACCUAGUCGACGUUUCGUUUUCGAGACUUGGCACUCCCAUGCACAUGUCAAGCUGGGACCAAUUUUUUUUCACUCUUCCAGCUAUUCCUUAUUAUCAUCGAGUAAACUCUAUAUCCAGCUAUGAAGAGUUCUUUCAAGCUUUUCUGCAAGAAUUCGACCAUUACCCGACUCGAUUGAACUUUUCUUCGUGGCCAUGUUUAGUUUGUACAAGGUCUUCAGCGAUUCAACCUUUUGGGUACCAUUUGCUACUGUAAUGAACCCAGUAGUUUCAUCUAGUUGGUAGAGGAUCCCCUAUAUUUACUGAUCAACGAAUUGAAAACCUUAUAAGUUGAAAUUGAGGGGAUUCUCCCGUAAAACCUAAGAGGGACUUAUCAUUGGCAUGCACACACCUCGAGUGAUGCAUUAGUGGUUAUUGGGAAACGGUCUAAUACUAUGAGGACACGUUCCAUGUGCUCCAACUUGUGCAGUACUUGGCAACUAAUUCGGUCUAUUACACGUUGGUAUAGAAGCAAAUUAUUGUAAUUGUUCAGAAUAACCUGGUCUCUGAAUCAUGAGACGCGUUCACAUGGACGUAGACUCUUACUUGGGUGCGUCCAAAAUGUUGUCUGGAAUAGGAAUAUGGUUACUGUAGAACCAUUUUGUAUGUCGGUUGUACAAUAUUUCCUAAUGACCAUCCAGGUUAAAUAUUCUUAUUUA